AAGAGGUUCUGAAUUAAAAAAUUAACCGGGACUGUUUUAUUUCUUUAUUUUUACUAAUUGACUAACUUCUGUGUGAAAAUUAAUUGAUCAGUCAUAUGGUAUGAUGCCCGAAUGAGUAUUCAUCUAAGGAGUAAUUUUAACGGGAUUUUCAAUUUUCAAAAGGGUAUUUUUUUAAUAGUAUCAUGAAGUAAUGAGAUAGUAAUUGCUGUUACAAAAAGACAUAAUUGCGAAGGGGUAAAAUUUUAUUCAGUGAAUUGAUUCCGCGGCAACUUCAGAGGGUAUUUUAUUUUCCUUGAAUUUUACUGUAUAAUGAGGACAAUAAGAGCUUCCAACAGCUUGCGCGACAGUCAUGCCAACGAAACCCACUCCUAAUAACCAACCGAUGAUUUAUCACUGAAAAUAACUUUAAAAGAUUUGGUUGGUCUGUAGAUAGUUGUUUGGUGUGACAAUUAUGGAAAAGGGAAAAAAAGAGAGAGCCUUUGCAUGUUGCUGCAGAACGGUUUUCAAAGUGGGGGGCUGACCAUGCAAAAAAUUACAAUCUUAUGGUCAUUUUCACGUUUUUGGAAAAAAUGAGGGGGGCUUCAGACCCCCCCCCCCCCCCCCGCUUCCGCGGCCCCUGUCAUACUACCAUGCACAGCCUGUACGAGUAGUACAUCUUUUCACUCUAGUUUUAAAAAGUCUGGAAAAAUCUCUUUAUUAACUUUGUUAAUAGAAAAUCAAGCUCCAGUCUUCCAAGUUUCAGAGUAAACACAUACAUUCUUUUUAUCUAAAUUUGAUUCAUUACCCUGCAAGAUUAGUUGGGCUGUUCUGUUACUGAUCUUCUUAUUGCUCCUUGUGAUUUUAUUAUCUUUAAACGUGUUAAAUUUUAGAGAACCAUCCAUUCCCCCCCCCCUUCUGGAUUUAUUUUUGAAGACCCGACUGGUUAUUGAAUUUGUACAACUUUAUUUAUGUUUUUCUUAAUGACAAGAGGAAGAUACACGAACUCGGUUGCGACUGAAGAAAGUGACACAAUGGACGAGGAGAAGUUUUUAUUGUUACGUCAUCCCUUGGUCUGAAAUGAACAAUACCUUGUGUGAUAACUGUCUCUAGAAUCCUGCAAAGUACAGACCAGUUUCCACUCCAGAUCAAACAAAAUGACAAUGCAGAAUGCAAACAGAUUUAAACGCGUAGUACUUGUAACUUGUAUGUGCAGAGGUAGGUUUUGACUGAUCGUGAUUUCACCGGGGGUUUUAGCACCAUGAGCACUGCAAACAAAAUGACUGCAGAAGUGUUUACUAUCUGUUUGCUAACUGCACCCACUGCGAGGAUUCACAACUGGGCAAACUUGAAGUAAUAAAAAAUACGUGGCAAUUCAUUCAGUGUUACGACAUGACUGAGAUCAGUAAAAGUUUGUAUUCUCGGCGUUCGGUGAAUUGUUGUCAUGAAAUAUAAACUGCCAGUAGUUUGUCUUUCUGUGACAUUUGUUGUAACGCUGAGUGUGUUCGGUGGUAGCAUGAUUUCUCCAGCUUUUUUCAUAAAAUACAGAGAGCCACAAUCGGCAAGGACGCCUAGUCGAGGUCCCAUCGCGAAUUCACACAAGUUUGCAGGUGAUGCAGAUCAGGGUUUUGCCCGUGGAAAGAAUAUAGCCCUUGGAGUAAAAUGGAAGAGGCCAAUUACCAUUGUGAACAGAAAGAAUGCUGAUAACUUUAAAGCAUUGGAAAGCAUCGAAACAAUUCUGGGACGCAUCAAUACGACAGAUCCAACGUGGACUAAAAAGGUUGAUAACUGCUUCAUCUACGGCGAGAAACGCUUGCCUGUUCGCAAGAACCUGUUGCAGAAAAGACGCUGCCAAAAGAGACUGCCGGUUGCCUUAGUCUUAGGGGUUAAGAAGUGUGGUACCGGGACCCUAAGCAGGUUCCUCGACCUUCACCCAGCUGUCUCAAUGACUAGCGAAACGUCGUUCCCAGGGAAACGAGUCACUAAAAGUUCCGUCAUAAAUUGGAUCCAACUGAUGCGUUUGAGUAGUCCGUACCAGUUAACAAUGACGGAAAAUCCCAGUUUCUUUGAAUCUAACUUGCCAUCGGACCUUAAGCCUUACCUAUCAUCCAGCGUUAAGUUUUUUGUCAUCUUACGCAAUCCCGUUGAUCGGGCUAUCUCGGACUACCUACAUACGGUAGCACAUUCAAACGCUCCCAAAGAUCGAUCAUUCGAUAUAGUUUUCAAUACAGUUAGGGUCCGGGAAACCUUCGAAAAGACAGUAAUGGGACCUGAUGGUUAUAUCGUUUCUUCAACGAUCACAGAACUAGGGCAAUAUGUUGUUUAUUUAAACAAAUUCCUUGAAGUUUAUCACAGAGACCAAUUCUUGAUCAUUGAUGGUGACGCCUUUGCGAAAGACCCUUACCCAACUUUGUUGAAAGUUGAGGAAUUCCUUGGAUUGCCAAAAUUCUAUAAGCGAACACACUUUGUAAAGAACCAGACGAAGGGGCUCUAUUGUGCACAAGUACCAGAAAGACCAGAUUUCGGAUGUAUGAUCCCAUCGAAAGGACGCCCUCACCCAAAAGUCUCCGAGGAUGUCUUAAGGAAGCUUCGUGAUUAUUAUCGACCUUACAAUAAAAAACUUCGUGACCAGCUGGGAUUAAAUUUUUCUUGGACUUCUGAAUAGAAAUAGAGAGAUUUGAGUAGAAAAUGAAACACCGUCAAGACUUAGCUUCUGAUAUUCGUAAGCCUGUCGCGGAAUUUCAGGAGUGGACGGUUAGCUUUAAAUGUAUAUGAAGCCGAGUAUAAAGGUGAGGCCUAAAACAUGGGACUCUUGCUAUUCAUUUUUUGAAGGGUCGGUACAGACCAGGAAAUAUUAAAAAUUUGACCUCUGACGUUAGUCUACCGAAUCGUUAAAAGAUCAUUUUUAAUAUGCCUGCCUUGAAGCCCUGAAAAGAUUAUAAAUAAUAAUACAAAGAUUAUAAACAAUGACGGUCGGAAGUCACAAUUUACCAUAGGAAUAUCUUCUAUGUCCUGGUCCAUUCAGAUCUUUCUCGUUCUCAGAUUCAGAUUUCGGUUUAUGAGGGGGCGCCUCCCCGCUGUAUAUUGCCGGCUGACCCCCACUCAGGUUUCCAUUCACUUCCGCCACUUCUACUUUGUCUUCAUCAAGAGUGGUUUUGUCCGCCAUGUCAGAUCUGUCCUCCAAAAUCGAGUUCUACGACUUAUUUAUAGUUUAUGCCGUCAUGUCAAUCUGUCAAAAUAAAACAUAUUAAUACACAAAUUUUUAGAUACAAAUGACAUUAACAUUUGCAUUACAAGCUUUUUGUUUCUGUUUAUGGUAACUCCCGUUGGUAUAGGAACUCGACAGGACAGCUUUUGCUGGUAAACUUAUAUAACCAAUUACCUAGGAAACAUUUAACGUCUAGGUUAAUCAGUAAUAGUGGCUGGCGGUAUAGACGACAGAUAUUACCUUCGAGUCUUUUUAUCAAAGUGGAGACAAUGGCAGAGUGGGGAUUCGAACUCACAACUUUGCGAUUAUGAGUCCAAUGCUCUAACCACUGGACCACACGACCCGUCAUGUCUAAAUGUAUAAUGUAUUUAUUAUUAUAUUUAUGUAUUGUACCAACAAACCUGUAAACGUGGAAGUGGCAGCUGCGGCUGUUUUUUUUUCAGGAACAAUUUUGCUUGAUCAAUAAAUAUUUAUUUAAGGCAGAGUGUAAUUCCGAACCUACUUACAUGAUUUGAUGGAAAGCAGUCCGAAAACGCUUAUCUAAUUGGAUCGUAUACAAAAAAAAAAUAUAUAUACCAAAGUUCGGGUACCAAGACGUGAAACAAAGUAAGCAUUUAAGCAUUUACAGUAAAAACGCUGUUUAAAAUGUUAAGCACAUUGUUUAAGCCUAUCACUCUAACAACUAUUGUUUAAACUUUUUAAACAACUUUAAAGUUGUUUAAAAAGUAAAAAAAAAAAAAAACUUUAAACAACUUGUUGUUAGAGUGACAGGCUUUAUUAAAAAACAAUGCACUAUUUUUUUUUCUGUGUUGAAAUGAUAAAAUGCCAUAUCUAAUUUACACUUCUUAACCAUCAUAAUCAGUGUUCAUCAUUACAAUAAUUGGAUUCAUCUAGAGAAUCUUAUAUCGAAAAAUUAAAAGUGAAAACAGACAUAUUUCCUCAAUACAUGAUAUUUUGUAAAACACUGCCAAAUCUAACUUUAGAUUAUUGUGCUUUUAUCCGAUAUAAAUGACCAACUUAUAGUUUAAAAAAAAAAGACAAACUGAGAAGAAAGGAAUUCCGACAAUACAAUAAAGGUGAAGACACACACACACACAAAGAUAGUAAAGAAAGAGAUUAUAACCUAAAUGUUAAUUUUGUGCACCUCAACUUGGCCCGAUAUCUGACCUCAUCAUUAGGCCCAAAAAAUAUUAAAAAGCGUAAAGUCUCUGUAAUGAAAACUCGAAGAAUGGACAUUAAGAAAUGAAAGAAGAAAAAGUACAUAAUUCUAAAUCCCUCAAUUUUAGGGUUAUUUUCGGCCUCUCUGCACGGAGAGGAUAACAUUUUUUGAUCGACAAGAAUAUCAUAAUUUGGAAUAUCAGAACGGAAAUGAACCAAUGGGCAUGGGCAGAUUAGGAACAGGGGAGAGUCGAUGUGACGUGACGAAAGACGGGAUAAAACGAUGCAAUUUCCUCCAGGUCGAAAUGAGAUCUCUUCAUUAAUUUUGAAGACAGAUUUAAAGGUGGUGUUAGAUAUAGGCCCCUAACUUGACUCGAACUAUAAAGAAUCCAAUUUCUAUAUUUCAAAUACAAAUUUUCACGCAACGAUAUUCAAUACAUCGGUUCAAAAUUAUGUAAUUCCUAAUAAUGAUGAUUUUAAACAGUCUCACGCACUCGUAUCUUUCAAAAGAAAUGCAAAUUUUCCCCGACUUUCGUCUUUUAGGUACCGGUAUGUAUUUUACCUCUACCCCAUUGUGUUUUGUUGUCUUUUUUCUAUUUGUUAUUGAUUCAUCUUUGUCUUGAUUAUGGUUAUUAAGUUCAAGUAUCCAUUAUUAAAUUCAUAUCACAAUUUUAUGUAUUUCGUAAUUUGGAAUUGACCUUGAUGGGUCAAUAUGACUUUUACCAAGAUCCCCUGAAUUUUGAAAUCCCUCCAUUGUUCGUGUAGUAAGUUUUGUUAAUGGGUACUUAGUUUAUAAAUAUUUAGUUAAUGUUUAUUUCUUACCUCGUUUUGUGGAAAUCAAUUUUUAAUUUUGAUUCUGAUUUUAAUCUUUGUUAUUCCCAGAUGGUAUAUCCUUGAGAAUGAUGUUUUUGUCUUUGCCUUGUAUUACAUUUAUGCAACCACUCUUAAAAAUAAUGGUUUCAUCUUAAUUCCUACAUCACAUAAAAUCGAAAAAAAGAGGAUCGAAGAAUUUGAAUACGGCUAUUCUCGUUGUAGAAUCAUGUCAUUUAUUAUUGAACCUCGAUUAUUGUGAUAUAUAAGUUGAUACUCAUGUAGAUUUUUAAAAAAGCAUAGGAAAGGAAGUAGAACCGGGCAAUGCAGUUUCAGGGAUUUUCACACGACUUCAGGUCAUUUCAAAUUGUUCCAUUGAAACAUGAUAUAAAUUAAUUUGCUCACACUAUAAUCAUGAUAUAUAAACAGGCUAAUACAACAUUGAAAUAAACAUAAUACACUACAUUACAACAUGAUUAUGGUAACAAUCAUGGGUGUCGAUCACGGGGGGGGGGGGAUGGGGGGAUAUACCCCCCCCCCCCAAUAUUUCAAGUGGGGGGGAUGGCCUGUAUUAUCAUCCCCCCAAUAAUUUAGGGUAGAAAAUUUAUAAUAAUGAUGAUUAAAAAAUGUAAAGGUUUGAUCAUGAUGAUUAUAGUGAUGAUUAUAGUAUGCCAUCAAUCAGUUUGUUUCCCUCGCAAUUUGUGUAUAUUGUUAUUAAAUAAAAACAUUCUUUUCCAGGACUUUUAAACAGAUGGGUGGAGGUUCAAGAUGAAAAAGAAUGAAAUGUUUACGUAUAUGAUAUUUUUUAACGCAUGACAUAAAAGGACCCCGACGAAAAACAACUUUUGUUGAUAGGGUGUUCCAUCCCACCAGUGGUAAUAUGAUCAUAUUUUUACAAUUUUUUAAUAAGUGAAAUCAAUUAAUGGUUUCAGAAAGAAUAAUCAUUAAUUUCUCUCUAAAGCGUAUCAUCGGAUAUGAACAUCGGAUUUUUUUUCCAUGUUAUUCUUGUUAUUGUUAUGGACUUGAAUAACUAAACUUGAUUGGCUCUUUCUUAUUUUGGCAAAAAGAAAUCUCUUUUGAGUUUGGAAAGGGAUGACAGUUUUGCAUUCUAUAUGAGCACACUCAUGCGGUACGUAAAUUUCAUUUUAACACAUAUAUUAGCUGAUAUUACACACUGAUGGUUCAAGAAAAUGUUGGAGAAAUAUCAUAACAUGACAGUUGAGUUUUAAUUGUUUUUAUGUUUGUUUUUGUUUUAUGCACUUAUAAAGCAUUUAAAACAUGUUAAAAUCCAGGGUUAAAAUCGUCUAAGGAAUGACGGUAAGCCCGAUGGCGCACGAGAAGCCACACAGUUUGCAAUUUGUGCUAGUCUUAAUUUGUCCGAAUCUGCAUUUUAUCAUCAUGCAUUAAGAAGAAAAAAGAUAUCGCCAGUCGGGUUAGAUUUAAGAGAGAAGUUGUAUACAUUAUGUCCAAUAAACAGAUCACUUUGUACAUCAUG